AUGCCGCCCGCCAUGACGUUUGUUCGGCGGAUACUGCCCGCCGCAAAGGACCCCGCUGAUGACGACCCGGAUGCGGGCCGGAUAAGGGAAAGGUUGUGCAGCGAUGUGCUGAACACCAGCGUGAUGAGCGCCAUCAUAGGCGGUUUUGCUUUGAGCAAUCUGCAGCAGGGUGGCUACGAGUUCGAAGAAGGGCUCCAUCUGGCCAUCUACCUCUUUUCCUUUGGCGCGGUGCAUGCAUGUACCUGCUCCGCGCUGACCAGCGCCUUUGUCUACCGCCACGUGAACAAUCUGCCGGAAGCUAAGCUGCUUGCCUGGUCGGUGAAGUACUGGUGGCUUCCCUAUCUGCCGCUGGGGAAGUUCGCGAUGGGCUGCGUCAGCUACAUGAUCAGCGUGAUUUUAAUCUCCUAUCGGGACCUGGAGAUGUUUGCCAGCUGGCAAAUCGCCGCGCUGGUCUUCGGCAUUAUGAGCAUGAGCAUGGUUUUCCUGACAGUCAUUACCCUGCAGCGAAGCUGA